CGCCCACAGCUUCAAGCCUUCCUUCAAUUCCACAAAGCGAGAGUUCUUCUUGUAGUGAGAGAGAGAGGGAGAGAGAGACACCAUUGGAGACCAUAUAUGCGUGCUCAAUAAGCCAUUUUUGUAUCCCCACAAACCUAGAUCUUCUUCACAUUCCGUGAAAUUCCAAAUCUUUACGUCACUGCUACAGAUUCUUUCGCCAACGACCUCACAUUCACGCCCCCAGAUCUGAACCAUUCGCCCCUUGAAUGUUGCUCUAAAACUCUCCCCUCUCCUCCGCCCCUUUCACUCGCAGACCGCACAUGUUUAUCGAAUUUCAAUCUUAUUUUCUGUAGAUUAGAUUUUUCUCGCAGAUUUGUAUAGUUGAGGUUGCAAUUCCUUGUGUUUACAACCUGUCUCGACUGAUCUACCGCGAUAGUUCACUGUACUUGUUCAAUUGUGGUUGUUAACUCGAGAUUCAUGGUAGGGUUUUGGGGAUUUGAUCUGCGUUCGUUAGAUCUGUGAACGAGUUGCGUAUUUAUGUUGUAGGGUGAUAGAUAAAGGAUUUUGGAUAUUUCUCAUGGCAAUGCCAUCGGGAAAUGUGGUUGUUUCCGAUAAAAUGCAGUUUCCGAGCGGCGGCGGUGGGGCCGUCGGUGGGGGCGGCGAGAUCCUCCGCCAGUCCCACCCCCGCCAGUGGUUCCCCGAUGAGCGGGACGGGUUCAUCUCGUGGCUGCGCGGAGAAUUUGCGGCCGCCAAUGCUAUAAUUGAUUCGCUGUGUCACCAUUUGAGGUUGGUUGGGGAACCCGGGGAGUAUGAUGGGGUUAUUGGGUGUAUACAGCAGAGGAGGUGCAAUUGGAACACGGUUCUUCAUAUGCAGCAGUACUUCCCUGUUGCCGACGUGAUAUACGCCUUGCAGCAGGUGAGUUGGAGGCGGCAACAGCGGUAUUUCGAUCCGGUAAAGGUGCCUGGAAAGGAGUUUAAGAGAUCUGGAAUUGGGUCUAGGCACGGACAGAGAGUUGAAACUGCCAAGGAAGGUCAUAAUUUUAAUGUGGAAAACCUGAGUUCUGAUGCCAAUGCUUCUGGCAAAUUGGCGGGUUUAGAGAAGGGAGAGAAAGUAGCCGAAAAGGGGUUAGAAGCUAAAAUUGGUGCCCAAGUUGUGACUUCUGAUGAUAAGAAUGUGGCAGUUGCAGAGGACAAAAAAGAUGUGGUUUCUAAACCUGAAGCAGAUAACUCUGUUGAGAGUCAUGGCAAUUCAGAGGGAACUGUAGCCUGUGAUUCAGAAGUUGCGGUGAAGGGGCAUGACGAUGGAGCUGCCUCAGGCUCUAAAGGGACUAGCAAUGGACCUGUGGAGAAUGAUUCCCAUUCUACUCAGAUUCCACAAGAGAACCGGAAUUCCAUGAUCAUUCCGAAAACUUUUGUUGGUACAGAGAUAUUAGAGGGGAAGGCGGUUAAUGUGGUUGAUGGAAUGAAAUUGUAUGAAGAGCUGUUAGAUGUCUCUGAGGUUACAAAACUUGUUUCAUUGGUGAAUGAUCUGAGAGCAGCAGGAAGAAGAGGGCAGUUGCAAGAAGCAGGACAAACAUUUGUGGUUUCAAAGAGACCCAUGAAGGGGCACGGAAGAGAGAUGAUUCAAUUGGGCCUCCCUGUUGCAGAUGCACCACCUGAAGAUGAAAAUGUAGUCGCAACCUCCAAAGAUCGAAGAGUGGAAUCUAUCCCUGGCUUGCUGCAAGAUGUUAUUGAACGCUUAGUUGGCAUGCAAAUUAUGCCUUUGAAGCCAGAUUCUUGCAUUAUUGAUAUCUUUAAUGAGGGUGAUCAUUCCCAGCCACACAUGUGGCCUUCAUGGUAUGGAAGGCCUGUCUGUCUUCUUUUCUUGACAGAAUGUGACAUGACUUUUGGGAGAGUAAUUGGAAUAGACCAUCCUGGGGACUAUAGAGGACCCCUUAGGCUUUCUCUUGCAUCUGGAUCCCUGCUAGUAAUGCAAGGAAAGUCCUCAGACUAUGCAAAACAUGCCAUACCUGUCCUCCGCAAACAGCGAAUACUUGUUACCUUCACAAAGUCACAGCCAAAGAAAAACGCUAGUGAUGGACAGCGUCCUGCUUCUGCUACUGUUGCACCAAGCUCUCACUGGGGGCCACCACCUAGUAGGUCACCGAAUCAUAUUCGUCAUUCUCUGCCAAAGCAUUAUGGCCCCGUCCCAGCGACUGGAGUGUUGCCAGCUCCAUCUGUUCGCCCUCAGCUUGUACCUACAAAUGGCAUCCAGCCACUUUUUGUGCCUGGCCCAGUUGCCCCAGCCAUGCCUUUUCCUGCACAAGUUGCUCUCCCACCUGCCUCAUCUGGGUGGCCGGCACCGCCUCCGAGGCAUCCUCCGCCUCGUCUACCAGUGCCAGGCACUGGAGUUUUCCUUCCUCCCCCUGGUUCUGGUAAUUCACCAACUCAACAAUUAUCAUCAACUGCGGCAGCUGAUACAAGCCUUUCUGCAGAAACAACACCUGCAGCAGAAAAAGACCAUUGUAUGGGCAAACCAAAUGGGAAUACUAAUACUUCUCCAAAAAUUAAGGUAGAUGGGAAGAUGGCACAAGAAGAGUGCAACGGAAGCACCGAUGAAAAUGGUGGGGACGAAGUUGUGGCAAAGGAUGAAGUGCAGCAGCAAACUGCUGACACGAAGGUGUCGGCUAACAAACCAGCUGGAACUGUUUAGAGAGAGAAAAGGGGGGGGGGGGGGGGGGCGGUGAAGGAGAGAGAGGACUAUUAUAUCCUUUCGAAGAAAAAAGGUAAGCUGCAAACUGCAGUGAGUUUGAAGCAAAUGUAAAGAGCGGCGAGUUGAGAGAGUAGUACCAGUUGGCAAAGGGCGUGAGGAGUAACUCUGUUACAGUCCCUUUUUGCUUUCUGUUCCCGUUUCAUUGUCUUGUUAUUUGAACUCCCAAAUCAGAUGAGGAACUGCUCAUUUUCAGUUUUAACUUCAGCUCUUUCUUUCUGUGCCCAGAAAUUCAGUCACUCUGCCUACAGAUUGACUAGUAGGAUGUUACUACUGCCCCAUCAUAUCAACCAUGCUGCCUGCAGAUUGAUUUAUUCU